AUGGAACAACUACACACAAGACAAGAAGAAACGUACAAGUGGCCUGAACAAUUUAGUGCAGGAUAUGAACAAAAAGUAAUGCCCCAGUACUCAUCCAAGUAUCACCAAUUACAGGCAUCAACUGAACAAUCAAGGCAUCAACACAGUGUACCUGAACAAGUAGAUGUUCCUCCAGAACCCUUUUAUACACUGUCUGGACAACUAGAUUCUGUACCUGAACAACCUGGACAAAUAGAUUUAAGUCCUGGACAAUCAGAUGUAAUUCCUGGACAAUUAGAUGUAAUUCCUGGACAAAUAGAUUUAAGUCCUGGACAAAUAGACGUCAAUCGUGGACAGUUGUACGCCGGACAUAAACUGCUUGAGUCGCCAGUGUCAAUAGAGGAACUCCCAGCUGUUGACUCCUCCUUACCUGCCCUCCAAUAUAAUGUUUCGACCGUCUCGAGUAAGGAGGGACCCUUGACCCCAGCGGGAACAACUCGGCCGCCAAUAAGUACCACUGAUAUCAAUGGCCUUAUCACCACCCCAUCACCUUCUCUCACGAACGAAUCAGCUUCCUUACUGUUAGACCUCCAACUACUGAAGCUGCUGUUGAUGAAUGGUUCUCUGCCUGGCGUGACCCACACACGACUCCCUCAGGGGGUGCGUCACUCAACCCAAGAUAUCUUCAGCGGUACUCACAGGCUGCCACAGUUUACUCUCACAACACAACGCGCUGAAAAGGCCUCGCUGCCCCCGAUAAGUACACACUCAGAGAAAUCACUCUUCAGCAUCACACACCCAGAGAGUCCGCCAUCAGCGACACAAGUGGACCACCAGGCGAUCCCUCCCGUCCCCGUGAAGGAUAUUUAUGACGUCUACAUUCCAGCUCCAGUAGUACAUGGUGCUGGUGUUCUUCCUUCAGCCACAACUACAACAAUUGUCCCUGUUAGAACGACUGAGGCUUAUCUUACAACGAUGACAAAUCAUAAUCAACCGGCAGAAGAGCCACCUUCCCCUGAACCUUCAACGGUCCCCGAGUCGCCAUUUCAACAUAAUGCCUUUUUCGGUAACGAGGCUCAGCCAAUAGCAACACUUGUUUCUGCUAACGGGAGCUCCGUCGUCGUCAGCGCCACGGGGCUGGGCACUCACAACGGCGGCCAACAAUCACAGCUGUCGACCGAGUCCACAGUCUGGGUGAGGAUACCAACACUACCACUAGAGGCGGCCACGUCCUCCGACUCCCCCCAACAGGAUGAGACAACACAAUCAAGUCAGGAAUCCACACGAACUCCAACAAGAAAGUCAACACACCAAUCAGAUAUCUCUUCCUUACUCGACACUUGGUACCAACGCUGGGAGUCCUGGAGUAAAACCAACCCUACACCAGCGAGUGAUUCAACAACCCGAAUCUCUUCCAUAACCACACCAACUUACCCAUCGACAGAGCGACCCAAAACUCCUGCAGCAGAAUCAUCAACUUCUUCGUCAGUCAGCUCUUCCCCAUCUCCUAUAAACAAAGAUGGCGUCAGUGUGGUAUCGGAAACUGUUGAACAAGGGGAGGGGAUCCGAUAUCUCCCACCUGCCACUACAACAACACGAAAUACACCACCAACAACACCAUCUACAGCAACACCACGAAACACAACAACACAAUACGCAGCACCAACACCGACUACCCCAAAGCCUUCAGGUCUUAGCCAGAUACUUGGGUCAAUCUGGGAUUUUGUGGGAUUCACCAAAAAGACGUCAACACCUCCACCAAGAUACAACCAAUCUAUAACCACUAGUAGCAAGACCACAACCACGACUACUACUACUACUACUACUACUACUAAACCAACCACCACUACUACUAAACCAACUACUACUACUACCAAACCAACUACUACUACUACUAUUCCGACUACCACUACUACCACACCAACUACCACUACGACUCCAACCACCACUACACCAACCACAACCACUACACCGACCACAACCACUACACCGACCACAACCACUACACCGACCACAACCACUACACCGACCACAACCACUACACCGACCACAACCACUACACCGACCACAACCACUACACCGACCACAACCACUACACCGACCACAACCACUACACCGACCACAACCACUACACCGACCACAACCACUACACCGACCACAACCACUACACCGACCACAACCACUACACCGACCACAACCACCACAACCACCACCACACCACCCCCAACAACUACUACUGCGCCCUCCACCACAACGACCACUCCCACAACCACCACUACAUCCACUACCACUACUACCACUACUUCAUCAGCAACCACACCCACGGCCUCUAGUCCCUCCACCACUUCACCUACCAGACAGACAACCACCCCCACUACUACCACCCUUACCACCACCACCUCUACCACCACUCCAACCACUCCCCUCACCGCCACCAGGAGUAACCUCUUCAACAGUCUCUGGGAGUAUGCGUCAACCCAUGAAGACACGACAAGCAUCACACAGGGAAAACAGACCUCACUCACACCCAGACCAUCCACCAGGCCUCCCUUAUAUACGAUUCAUAACCUCACGACAGCAGCAUCAACCUCACCGUCUAUAUUCACGACUUCUCUGACGCCUGUGAUAAACGAUAAUGUUGUUCCGAUAAUCUACGGGAAAAGGUUUGGUGAUGGAGGUAGUGGCGUGUUGGGCAGCAGCAACAAGGAAGAGAUAAUGGAAGUCCCGGGAGAAUUGGCCCUCACGACGCGGACUCCUUCGUCGGUGGAGUCACUGGAGAAUUUGUUCCGGUUGAUCGGUAACUUGCGAGGCAGCGGUCAAGACGAGUUGCCGCGGGAACAGAAGGGCGAUGACGAAGGUGUAUCUGCAGGGGACAAAGAUAACACCCCGAGUCAAAUUUCUGUUCCUCAGUCUUUGUCCACCAGCUUCGCCGGGAUGUUCCCUCAUUUACCUACAGUAUUCGACAAGGACUCACUGGAGGAAAAUAUAAGUCAGAGGACUUCCAUGACAGAAAACGGGGACUUAAAACUCCUCACGUUUAAAAGAGACAACAAACACACUGCCUCUAGUUUACCGCUGGACCUGACAGAUGAGGACCCGUCAAGCAGUAGGUAUCCAGGACUGUCCUCCCUCAGCCACCGUCCCAACACUCCAGACCACCAGCGCCCCUUGAUGCACCGCCCGACCAUCAUCAUAAAGAAAGAAGGCGCCAGAAUACACAUCCCAGUGAUGCCCUCGGCUGAUUUUAACUCCUUCAAGCCUCACGGGUCAUUGGAGACUACGGUGCAUCACGACUUUCACGAGAAGUGGGAGUCAAGAGAUGAUUUGUCGUCGUCAAGUAUAGUUUCCCGUCAGGGAUUGGCUGCUCCUCCUUCUGCAGCGUCGUCAGAAGCGGAUGUCACCCAGAGAGAAGCCUCCAGGCAGCCUCAUUUAGGGCUGAAGACUUCCUCUCUUCGUCCUCCACCACCCCCUGCCCCACAACGUCCCCCUUCUCCUCCUCGUCGUCCUCCUCUCCCACGCACUGAAAGCACUCCGGGAUGA